AUGAGCUAUUCCACCAGUUCCCUCUCCCUCUGCAGCUCUCACAUCGUUCGGUACGAUAAAAUCUCAAUUUCUCAAGCCCAGGAUCUCCAGUCUCCGACUCCAGGCCAGCCCAGGAAAGGCCUCCGCCACCAGCAGGGUCGAGAACAGAGAAUUCGCCGGCGAUAUGCUUCAGAAAGCCUGGAAUCCGCCAAUAUCCCUACACCAGAAAUCAUGCAGGGAAAUUCGUCAGAUUCAGCCGCGUCUCUCACACAGAGAAGUCCUCCGCCCACAAGCCUCGCGCCGACGGGAGCAGAGCUCUGCAGGGUCUACACCUUUGGCAGGUCAGAUGGUCAGGGAGUAUACUCAGAUGGAAGAAGGGAUGUCUCGGAAAGAACUCCUCCGCUCAUCUCGCAUUUCGAAUCUUCUUCUACAGAGGGACAGAAAGACAGAAACCUUCCUUCCAAGCCUCAAUCAAAGCCUCCCCACAAGCCUAACCCAAACCAAACUAACAACCAGUCCAGAAAUCCAAGGAGCCCCGAUCCACGAAUCCACAAAUCCAAGCCAGCCAACCUACCAGCCAACCCAACCGAGCCAAUAAUUCGAUCCCAAGAAGACACCGUCUACCAUACCAUAUCAUACCGCACCACGAAUCCUCCUCUCCCUUUCUCUCUCCUUUUCGCCUCCCUCCCUAUCCCCAUCCCCAUCCUCCUUUCGAUUCGUUUCGUUCCUCGAAGACGAGAGAGAUCAGCUAGCCACGAACAAGAACGAGAACAGGAAUAA